UCAUCACCUUUCAAUUAGAAAUGUCAACCAAACGCAAGCAGAAGCAACAAGAUGAUAACGAGUCCAAAAACGUGUUUGAUUCAUUUAAAAAGAUUUUUCGGGGAAACCCAAAAAUAUACAAGCUGAAUCGUGUUGUGUCCCACAAACCUCAUUCCUCUCCUCGAACCGGCAGCUCGUUACGAAGACGACCAAGAAGUCAGUCCGAGCCAGAUCUUUUGAGUGAAUCCUUAGUACUCGAUUCUACGGACGUAAAACUCGAGACGUUCAUCACAAGGUCAAACCAGCUUUUUAUCGACGAAUCUCCGCAGAAAAGCAAAUCAUUCGACAACAUUAAUGAUCAGCUGGCGACGACGUGCCCUAGCAAGGCUGCUCAGAGACUCGGUAUAGAUCAAGAUGAACCAAUGUUCAGAACGAAGACAAAAGAGAAAAAGGAACAAUUUGGUGGAAGCAAUGCGAAAGGGAGAAAAUCAGAGACAGGCCUUCGUGGCUCUAAAAGGUUUUCAAUGAAGUCUAAAGAUAAAGAACCGAGAGAAAAUAGAGUGCAUGAAAUGGAAGCUGUGGCAAUGCCAGCCAAUGUUUCAAGUAAAGCAGCCAAGACUCUGGGUAUUGAAGCUGUUCAGGUACCAAGCAAGGCAGCUAAAACACUAGGAAUCACCUCUCAUUGCGAUGAACAAGCCGACAAAUUGACAACCGAGGAUUUCUUACGUAAGAUAGGUGCGUUUGCAAGCGAAAAAGGAAAACCAAGCCAAAAGUCUCUACGGAAGCAGGCCACGAGCCCAGCAUUAACGUCCAAUCACAGGAAAUCAGAAAUAAAAUCACCGUCAGAUCUAUCAACAAACGCCUUGCUGAGAAAACUAGUACAACUUUCACCGACAGACCAGAGCAGGACCAAACCUUCAAUGAUAAAAACACAAUCAGAAGCAACCUUGGCAGUAUCCAGAAAGCGCAGAAUAGAGACUAGAUCUGCAGUAUCGGUCGGCACAAGCUCACAAACAAAGCUAGAUCUUUCAGAUGAGGAAAACGAGAGGAAGUGCAAGGAGAAAACUUCCCACUCUAUGAGACCAGCUGACAAACGGACGUUACCGCGGCCCAACUCAGCUAUUGUGUCAUCCUCAGCACAGCAGUCAGACUGCACAUCAAGCAAAACCCUUUCUAAUAACCGACCACAGAACUAUAAAACCAGCGUUCGAGAACAUCAAAGACAAACAUUCCAACCAGUCACAUGAUAACCGUGCCGAACCAUCGUCAGCCCGGAAAACAGACGUUCAUGACUACCCACGACAGCUUCCUGCGCUGAAAACCUUACAGCUUAACCAAAAGAAACUUCUGAAGAAAUGUCAAUCAGAGAGUCGGAUAGCUAUCUCUGGCAAACGGCCAGCAAACUCACAAUCCCCAACGGGGAUUAGAAACACUAUAAUGAUGAUGCCGAGCAGAAAGUUGAGCGAUGGAGAGGAAACUCCAGCGAUCAUGCUAACACCAGCCCCCACAGUGGUCAAACUUUUCAAAAAAGCGUCAUUGGGCGACGUUUUGAGAGGACGUAACAAGGGGGUAUCAGCAGUUGCAGCCACCUGAACACAUCCUCCACAGAACACCAGAAUAGCAGCAGAAUUGCAGCAGAAUAACAGUUAGCUCUCAGUAAAAUACCAUGGUCAGGUCCAAGAAGGAGUAUAAAUAGUAACUCAUGACGAUAUUCAUUUCCCCUGACCUACGAGACGGGAACAAGAUGUAAUUGUCAAUAGAAUGAUGACAUCAAGCUCUAAACAGCCGAAUAUUAUAAAUUUACUGAAAUGGAGAAUGUGUCGGCAAACCUUGUGAGUCAAUUUCUUCUACCAGGAAAACGGGCUCGGUCACCAGAGAAACGGGGACAGAUGUUUUGUAAAACUUUAUCAUUUCCGAGAGGGAGUUAAAGGAUUCCUUUCCGACUUUAACACUGUCUUUAUCGAACUCUAGCUUGAUGUGUUUCACUCUGUAACGAAUAUUGAUUAUGUUUGAACAAUCUUUAGUUGAAACCCAACAUCAAUCAGCUAUAAAUUGUAAACAUUUUUAAAGUUUUGUUUCUUUUUGAUAACUUUGAAGUUUGAGGUUUAUUAAAAUUAUGUUACUUAAAAAGAGAUCUUGGAAACGAUUCAAGUCAAAGUUCGUGGUCGUAUGAAAAGAACUCACUUCGUAUGAACCUUGACUGACAAAAUGGUCUGAAAUUAAAUGUGUUCAUGUACAGAACAUUCUAGACGAUCGCGAUCGUAUUUAAGCUUGAACACAUUAAAUUAUUUAUGAUUGCAUGAACACAGUAUUUUACUAUCUUAAACAGUUC